UUACAUAGGUUUAAAAACAACACUUUCAAUAUAACUAUUUUUGGUUUUUUAUCCUCAUUCCCACGUUUUACAUUUACAAAUCGGUAUUUGGGAUAAUUUUACUAUUAAUUUACUUGUUUUUUAUGAGUGGUAUACUUAAAAGUGAGCAUUUUAAAUCAUGGGUCGAAAAUUGCAAGCAAAGCAUAUCUCGAAAAAACGGAAUGUUGGAAAGGAGACCAAUAAAUUUCAUCUUCAAAAGCGAAAAGAACUUGCUGUUUUGAUAGAUAAAGUGCUAAAACUCACCAGUGUUUUCCAGACCACUGGUAAUACACUAAAAAGUUGGGAUCAUCAUUUAGAAAUUGAAGCUAUUGUAAAGGAGAUCAUAAACAUUGAAAAUGCUUUGUACCCUAAAGAUGCUCAGAUUGAACGUAAAGAAAAAUUAGAUAAAUAUCUAAUUUGGUUGCGUGACAAUGGUGCACAGUUUGAAGGUGUGGAAAUAAGUGAAUUUGAGGGAUAUGACAUGGGUUUGAAAGCAACUAAAGAUUUCCCUGAAGACUCGCUCAUUCUGACUGUGCCUGGGAAACUUAUGCUGAGUGAAAAAGAUGCAAUAGAAUCAGAACUUAAUACAUUUAUUAAUGCUGAUCCUAUCUUAAUGAAUAUGCCAAAUAUAGCAUUGGCAAUGUUCCUGCUUUUAGAGAGGAAUAAGUCGGAGUCAUUUUGGAAGCCAUACAUUGAUGUUCUACCAGAAAAAUACAAUACUAUCUUAUACUUCACAGCAGAAGAGUUAGUUGAACUCAAGCCAUCACCGGUGUUAGAAUCAUCAUUGAAACUCUACCGCAGUAUUACAAGACAGUAUGCAUACUUCUACAAUAAGAUACAUGCAGGUAAUAUACCUGUGUUGAAAAGUCUUAGAGAUGUCUUUACAUUUGACAACUACAGAUGGGCUGCGUCAACAGUGAUGACGCGUCAGAACAAUAUACAACUGGCAGAAGGCACCACUACCGCCUUCAUACCACUGUGGGACAUGUGCAACCAUGAACAAGGCAAGAUAACAACGGACUUCAGUAAGGAGAGAGACAGAAGCGAAUGUUAUGCUCUCCGUGAUUUCAAAGCUGGCGAACAAAUAUUUAUCUUCUACGGCGCAAGACCUAACUGCGAUUUGUUCCUGCAUAAUGGUUUCGUGUACCCGGAUAACCCGAGUGAUUCUUUGUCGCUAGCGCUGGGUAUCAGCUCGGGGGACCCGGCGCGGGAGACACGGCUGGCGCUGCUCAGCAAACUCGGCCUCGCCCGCGUCACAUACUUCCACCUGUAUUCAGGAGAUGCGCCAGUUAGCGCUGAACUACUCGCAUUUAUACGGAUAUUUAAUAUGAACCAAGAGGAACUAUCAAAGUGGUCAAGUGAAGGUCUCCCAGGUGACCUGGUGUCAUCAGACUCGACCAGUUCUGAGGCGGUGGGCGCUGACUUAGAGAAACGCGCCUACACAUAUUUGUUGACGAGAUGCAAGCUCAUACGAGCCUCCUACAAGAAGGAUCCUGAAGAAACGACCCCUGAUACACCUCACAGGAAAAAUAUAAAAUUGCUGAAGCAAUGCGAAGUACAAAUAUUGGACGGUGCCAUAAAGUACCUGGAGAAUGUUCUGGAAAAACUGUCCGCCAAAUAAAUACCAUAUAAAGUACCUUUUGACAUAACAUUGAACAAA